AUGUCACUGUUUGAAGCCAAGAGGAAUGAUUUCUCAUUCUCCCUUGUCAUAUCAAGACCUAAGACAAAGGCAAGACUGUCUAAUGACGGUGCCUGUCUCUGCUGGUUAACUGUGUCUCUUCUUUGUGGAUCAGCAGUAUUUUCUUAUGAUAUUUCAGGUCAGAAGCAGCUUCCAAAUGUUCCCCUGGAUCAAGACAAGGAUGACCAAGACAGGGAUUCAUCAUUUCAUCAACUGAGAGCUAACAUACCAUCCUACUUGCAGCCAAUCUGCCCAUACAGCCUGCUGAUGAACACUGAAGACUACAAUAACAUGCCUAAACCAAGACAUCGUCAGCUGUCUCACCUCCUACAUCUCAUGGGUUCAUCCCUUGACCUGUUCUGGAUGUCUAUAGAGCAGCCAUCUGAAGCUCCUUGGGAUGAUGAUGGAGAAGAACAGCCCGCUCCACUGCUGGACACCACCCCGAUAUUAAUCAGCUGCCGUAUUCCGCUGCCAACAGACCUCCUACCAUCAACUCCUUUGCAGCCUACACAGACCCUGACUUUGAAUGUGUGUUGUCACGACACAGCCAGCAACACCAGUGGAAGGAAUGUGAUGGAUGAAGCUUGA